AACUGACAGAGACACCAGUGUAUUCUGCUUAACCCACCGCACCCCUCCCGCAUCCCCGCGAUUCACGGCGCUCGGAGGAGGGACUCAACUCAGCUCCGUUCAAGGACUGAGAUCACAUUAUUUCAAAACGCGAAGACCGCCGGGGACUUGGUGCGUUUAUUGCGGCUAAAAGAGAUUUAGCGGAAAACAGCGACGGUAUCGGAAAGGGACACUGUUUUAAAGCAUAACGCGAUUACCGGUGGCCUUGGUCAACUGGUGCAACCAGUGGAGCACCUCGAGGCACGGCAUGGGAAUCAUUCAGGAUGUAGUCGAGAACGUCAAAGAAGAGGGAAAAUACUGUCGAACGAAAUAAUCGUCAACAAACUCCUCAAGAGCUGUUUUUUAUAGCGAGUAAAAGGACAAGUGAUGGCACCCCAAGGUUUUAAGUGUAAAGGGUAAUGGGGCAGAAUGAAGAAAGAAAAUCAAACAUUUAAAUUAAAAAUAUAUUUUUUCUUUAUCCUAGAAACUAAAAUGACUGCUUUAACUAAGUUUCUAAUGUUUUCUAGAAAUUAAGCAAUCAUGUGAAAAAGAUAUGGGUAACACUCUAGAUCACCAUCAUCUAUGUAUGCUGAUAAAAUCUAACAAAUUAAUUCUUGAUUUUUUGCUUCUUAUAAUGUACAAUUACCAUGACAAAUUUUUGAAAAAACAUUUAUCCAUUUUGAUAAAAAAAAAUAGCAAGUCUAUUUAACAGCUGCUAAUGGGGCCAAGAGAUUGUCUGUUGCAUAAAUCUCCCAUGUUAGUCACGUGGUUUAAGUAGCUGAGUGAAUUUUGCCACAAUGGAAGAGAGCAGUGUUGGCAACUGGGUCUCCAUCAUGGCAAACGGAAGCGGCAUUCUCACCCCGGCAAACUUGGUCCUCGACUCCCGAAAUGCCUCCACUCCAUCAGCAUGGUGGGGCAACACGAGUGCCAGGGAACUGUUUCUGGAGAAGCAACUUCACAGCCAGGAGCAAACCUACCGGGACUUUGUUACCACCAUCCAAGUCUUCAUCUUUGUAGGAUCCCUUUUGGGCAACUCCAUGGUGCUGUGGUCCACGUGUCGCAUCACGGCGUUCAAGUCAGUCACCAGCCGCUUGAUCAGGAACCUGGCGUGCACGGGCAUCUGUGCCAGCCUGGUAUGCGUGCCCUUCGACAUCCUCCUGAGCAGCAGUCCACGCUGCUGCUGGUGGCUCCACUCGUUGCUCCUCUGCAAGGUCAUCAAGUUCCUCCACAAGCUCUUCUGCUCCGUCACAGUCCUCAGCUUCACCGCCAUCGCCCUGGACAGCUGGGGCUUCACGAUGCCGCUUCUGCAGCUGCGCCUGACUGUGAAUGUUCUUCACUGAGGUAUGGAUUCCCUGUCCACCCUGUAUUUUCUCCUUUUUCCCCCCCCCCCAGAUACUACUCAGUUCUGUACCCGCUAGAGAGGAAGAUAUCAGAUGCUAAGUCCAGAGACCUGGUUAUCUACAUGUGGGUCCACGGUGUGGUGGCCAGUGCGCCAGUGUUCGCUGUGACCAACGUGACGGACGUCUACGCCACUGCACUGUGCUCGGACGGCCGGAGCCGCUCGCUCGGACACCUGGUCUACGUGGUGGCCUACAACGUGAGCACGGUCAUCCUGCCGCUGGCGGUGGUCUUCUUCUUCAUGGCCCUCAUCCGGCGAGCCCUCAGCGCCAGCCAGAAGAAGAAGGUGAUCAUCGCAGCGCUGCGCACGCCGCAGAACAGCAUCUCCAUCCCGUACGUGUCGCAGCGCGAGGCCGAACUGCACGCCAUGCUGUUGUCCAUGGUGCUGACCUUCAUGGCGUGCAGUGUGCCCUACGCCGCCCUGGUGGUCUAUCGCUCGCUGCUGGACAUCUCCGAGGUGUCAGCCUUCCUGCUGCUCACUGCGGUCUGGCUACCCAAGGUGUCGCUGCUCGCCAACCCGCUGCUCUUCCUCACCGUCAACGGCUCGGUGCGCCGGGGCCUGCUGGGCGCCGCGGUGCAGCUGCAGCGCCGCUACAGCCGCCGUAAUGCCGUGCGCUCGGAGGGCCUGGCGGAGGUGGCGGGCGAGCCCGGCGUCCGUUCCGGCAGCCAGUUGCUGGAGAUGUUUAAUAUCGGCCAGCAGCAGAUCUUUCGCGCCGGUGAGGAGGAGGAAGAGGAUGGGAACGUGAACGAGAUGCUCCCCGUGGGCCCCGUGGACCCUGUGGGCGCUUCACAUCGGAACGGCGCGGAGGCUAGACCGCUGCAGGGGUCCGCAACCAAGGGGGUGGCGACGACUGCCGCCACGCCCCCCCGCGCCUCCCCGCCGCAAGUCUGCGCAGAGUCUUCCUCCCAGGUGGCCCCGGCAACACCAUCUGACCCAGAUGAGGGGAGCGCCAAGUACUCCACGCAGUUCGGCUUCGGACCUUUCGAGCUGCCCCCGCAGUGGCUCUCAGAGACCAGGAACAGCAAGAAGAGGCUCCUCCCCCCACUGGGCAACACCCCCGAAGAGCUCAUUCAGACCAAACAGCCCAAAAUCCGCACGACGGAGCGACGCAUUAGCAGGAACAACAAAGUCAGCAUAUUCCCCAACGUGGAGCCCUGACACCUGAUUGGAUCCCAGCAUCCAGCACCCGCCCCUUCCUGUUUGACAGUUCUUCUCUGGAAGACCAAGAAUCUGUUUCGGAAACACAGAAUUCUGCAGAUCCAUUCAGUAAACAGUAUUCGGUUUCACCCCCUCCCUCUUAUGAUGAAUUGCUCUCAAUCACACUGUGAUCUGACACUUUUGUUGUUUGUAUUCGUAUGCUGAAAGCUGCUGAUUCUUGGAGCAGAAGCAGUUAAAACUGUGGUGUAUGAACUCAUCCGCAGCUUUGUCACUAGAGUGGUGGUUCUGAGCUACACAUGUGUCACGGGGUGUUUUGAACCUUGUCACAAGAAAAAAGGCGAAUGAUAUUCUUUGCCUGUAACAUCAUGCGGGUCUCUUUCAUGCUUUCCUCACAGCUGCACUGAAAAAACUGAUGGAAAUAUGUGGUCCUUUCACAGUUUAAAACAGCUUUAAAUGUUACUUUUAAAUGCUGGUUACUAGUCAAGUGACUAAUACACUGAGCUAUUUAAGAGUCAGACUUUCCAGAAGAAUAGCCUAUUGUUAAUUUUUAUUCCGAACUUCCAGCUUUUACUUUUGAUUCUUUCUGUAUGUUUACUGAAUAGAGUUAAAGGAAAAAAAAUUUUAAAUUCAUAAACAUUUAAAAUUUGUUUACUUAAAUCAUGGUAGCUGUGAUGAGGAGGAUGAUGUUAUUGAUUCUUACCGAGUUUAAUGUGUUUAGCAAACUUUCCAUUUGUUCAGAGAGUAUUUCCAAUUUAAGACUGGGAGCAGGGUUUGAAUUACAAAGUGGCUUUUGGGGGAGCCCUGCUUUCCAGUGUGAAGCACGACUUCCCAAGUCACAUGCACAUGCAUACAUAUAAGUGCACAGCAGCGCGGUCAAUAAUAGGGUUACUGCGAAAAACAUUCUACUAUUACUACUGCAGGCAGUUAAUUAUUUUAUAUUAUACAUAUUUAUAUUAUUAUUUUUUUUAUUUCAGGAACCUUAACGUACAGAAAAUGAAACAUAACCUAUAACACAAAAGUGAAUAGUUUUGUAGAACUUCCCUAAAGGUCUCGGAGGAGGGAAGGGAGCUCUUGUCCUUUUUUGAGCUUCCCUUAGCCCCUCUGUAAUUCAAACCAUGACUGGGAGGGACCUGUAAAAGGAGACAGAGGAAAAUGUGAAUAUCAGCAGCAUAAACCAAUUAACUGUAAUAAUUUUCUGCCAGUAAUAUUUAUUUACAGGUCGUAGCCAAUGAUAUAUGCUUACAUGAUAAAUGAGGCUUUAUAUGGCAGCACACGCUUGUUUGUGUGAGGUGCUGGGGAAUGCAGCACCACAUCUGUACGCGAUCACGCGAGUCAGUAUAAACCCCCAUUCAUUUAGUAAAAAUUGUUGCAGGAUUAAUUUCUUGCCAUAUAAUCCUGUUUUGUAUAAACAAUAUACAGUAUUCAAUAUUACUUUGACAGACACUUGUAUGAGAUGUACAUGUAAUUAUGAAAUGACAUUUUUAUCUAAGAAACCAAUGGACCAAGUAAUUGCUGUUCAUUUACACAGGAUUUCACCUUUAUGCUUUCCCGUUAAUGUUUUCUUAAUUACCACAUAAUGUCUCAUGUAUAGAGAUCAUCAGUAUCUUUUUUUUUAUUGCUUUUGAGAUUCUAAUCUUCAGUUUUCCCAGAAAUCCUUGGUGGUGAAAGGUAAAAAUUAGUGUACAUGACCGUGAAAUGCUGACAGUGAAUUGGGUACGAGUAUGGGCUGUUGGAAAGAGUUUUGGAAAAAAAAAAUAAAGCUUUGCAUCAGAGCUAUGACCAAAAAUGACAAAAAGAGAUGUUCUUAUAAGGUGAGAGGUUUGUAAAACUGGCCUUUAUACAUGCACAUGACAACUGAGGACUUUGAAAUAAGUU